ACUGCGGACCCGGAUUGGAUAUUGCAGAGAUGAGGGGCGUGUCCGGGGAAAGACACCAGCGGAGCGAAGAGAUGCGCUGAGGCAGCAUUCCGAGAGCGGGCUUCGUGGCGCCGCCGCUUCUUUGGGGAAGAGAGGUAUACAAUGGCUUUGCACAACACGCUUUGCUACUAUUACCUGCUGACUGUAUGCCUCGUCUGGGCCCAGGCCAAGCCACCCCCUGACAAGAAGGAUCGUGUCCACCAUGGUCAAGACCUCAGUGAUCACCCCCAUGAUGAUAGUCAAGACUUCCGCUAUGAUCAUGAAGCCUUUUUAGGCAAAGAAGAUGCCAAGACAUUUGACCAACUAACUCCUGAAGAGAGCAAAGAGAGGCUGGGGAAGAUUGUGGAUCGAAUUGACCGAGAUGGGGAUGGUUUCGUGACUCAACCUGAAUUGAAGGAUUGGAUCAAGCAUACUCAGAACCGCUAUAUCUAUGAGAGUGUGAACAAGAACUGGAAGGACUAUGACAAGGAUAACGAUGGCCAAAUCACUUGGAAUGAAUUCAAAAGGACCACUUAUGGGCACUAUGAAGGAGAAGAAUUUGGUGAUCUUGAGGACAAGAAUUCAUAUCGGAAGAUGUUGGCCAGGGAUGAGCGACGAUUCAAAGCUGCUGACAGAAAUGGAGAUAUGAGUGUGACAAAAGAGGAAUUCACAGCCUUCCUUCAUCCCGAAGAGUUUGACUACAUGAAGGACAUUAUAGUGAUGGAAACCCUGGAGGACAUAGAUAAGAAUGGUGAUGGCUUCGUAGAAGUUGAUGAAUAUCUCGGUGACAUAUACUCCCCUGAAACUGGGGAGCCGGAACCUAGCUGGGUGACAAAUGAACGUCAACAAUUUCUGGAACACCGAGAUAUCAACAAAGAUGGAAAGAUGGAUCGGGAGGAAAUUGGGCACUGGAUCCUGCCCACAGACUAUGAUCAUGCUGAAGUGGAAUCCAAGCAUCUCCUUGUUCAAUCGGACAAAGAUCUGGAUGAUAAAAUAACCAAGCAAGAGAUUUUGGACAAUUGGAACAUGUUUGUGGGGAGCCAGGCCACCAACUAUGGUGAAGAUUUGACAAAGAAGCACGAUGAACUGUAACUGGCAUGGGUGGGGGGAUAUACAACAGCAGGUUCUCCCUUACAUGGGAGUGGGAGAAACACACUCCAGAAGGAAUUGCUGUCUAUUUAUUGUUGGAAGGGCCUGCUUAAACUUCAAAAAGUAGUGUAGCUGGCAUACUCGGGUGGUUUUCCCUAGGAUCCAUUCCUGUUCUUCUGCAGCCUCCUUCUCCCCCAAAGCACUGAGAGCCCUUAUCACAUUAUGAAGAUCUCCAUGUUCCAGAGACGUUUGAGAAAAAGAUUAAAUACACCUACACCUUCUUUCAUCCGUGCGUUUAAUCUCUCCUGUAAUGUUCUUAAUGCACCUCAGUUCUUCCCUUGCAAUCCACACUCGAUCUAAGGGAAAGCAAAGAUUAUCUUCCCCAAAUGCUUCCCUUCUUUUAAGAAAACAAACACAGCUGUUCUCUUUUCAAAUACUUGUCUGGGACCUGUUGGGAAUAAUGAAAUAACCAGUUGGGUCCAAAAUUACCUCCUAUGUCUGUUUUAUAUAGGUAAAAUAAGUUGAAUGCAGGUUGAAUGUGUUUUUAAGCAUCUUAGUGGUAGCCAAUACCUUGGAUAAAUACUGCUUAUCUAGGCUUGUAGUUCUUUCUCUGUACCCCUUCCUUCUCCAGGAUAACAGGCUUUCCCGGGAUGAAGUCAUAGAGUUGAUGAAGCACAGCAUUCAAAGCGCCAAAGAGUAUAAAAACACAGUUGAUUAUCUGGGGGGCCGCCAGGAGUUGUGAUCUCUAACUUGUAAAAAUUUUGGAUUACUAAUAAAACAAUUUCCCAAC